AUGUCCUGGGUGAUCUUUACAGUGGUCGCCUUGACGACACUAUUCCCGGCGAUCAGCCAGGCCAAGGGAGUCUUUGCUCAUUUCAUGGUUGCAAAUAGUGACAACUUCACGCGAGAUGACUGGAUUUCCGACUUCACUGCGGCCAAGGCAGCCCACAUCGACGCCUUCGCGAUGAAUGCCGGAUGGGGGAUGAACAGCACCGCCGACUCCCUCGAUAAGGCCUUUGCCGCGGCCGCAGAGGUAGACUUUAAACUGUUCCUUUCGCUGGAUUACUCUGGGGACGGCCACUGGCCGCAGGACCAGGUAAUCAUCUGGCUGUCGAAGUACACGAAGCUGGAGGCCUACUACAAGCACCGCGGGAUGAAACCGCUCGUGUCGACCUUCGAGGGCACGGAGAGCGCGGGUGACUGGACGGAGAUCAAAAAGAAGGUCAACUGCACCUUUAUCCCGGACUGGACGUCACUGGGGGCGGCCAAGGCGUCGAAAAUCUCAGUGAUUGAUGGGUUGAUGAGCUGGGAUGCGUGGCCGAACGGCACGACGCCAAUGGACACCGACGAGGACGAGGGGUAUAUGGAGCACCUCCGGGGCAAGCCGUAUAUAAUGCCCGUGUCGCCUUGGUUCUACACGAACCUCGUGCGGUAUAACAAAAACUGGGUGUGGCAGGGCGACGAUCUGUGGUACACGCGGUGGCAGCAGGUGCUGGAGGUGGACCCGGAAUACGUCGAGAUCAUCACCUGGAAUGACUUUGGAGAGUCGCAUUAUAUCGGCCCACUGCAUGACAAGGAGCUCAGUAUCUUUUCCUACGGCGAAGCUCCAUUCAACUAUGCGCUGGGGAUGCCGCAUGACGGAUGGCGCGCGCUGCUUCCCUACGCGAUCGACCAGUUCAAGAACCCGCAAAGGCGGGACGAGAUAGCCAUCGAGAAAGAGCUGCUGACGGUCUGGUACCGGCUGAGUCCUGGAUCCGCUUGCAAAGACGGCAAGACGACUGGGAAUACAGUGAGUCAAAACCAGAAAACCAUAGCGCCGCAGCAGGUGCUGCAAGACAAGGUCUUUUUCUCAGCGCUUCUAGAGAGCAUGGCAGAGGUCUCAGUGAGUAUCGGCGGCACGAAUCAUAGUGUAAGCUGGACGAACGUCCCGCAAGGUGGAAAAGGGAUUUACCACGGGAAUUUCCCCAUGGACAAGCGUACGGGGGAAGUUGUGGUGACGCUAUCACGGAACGAUAGGUUUCUGGCCCAGAUGCAUGGGCAAAGCAUCUCGAGUUCAUGCCCUAAAAACCAAACAAACUGGAACGCGUGGGUUGGCAAUGCCACCGCCGUUGACAAUCGCACUCUAACGACUUCUGGGAAGCCGGAAUCGUCGGCCUCGGUUCUGUCCGCGUAUGGGUCACUAAUCAUGGCAUCGAUAUGGGUGUGCGUUGGGUGGAUCUUGUCAUGA